AUGGGUGAAGUUAAAACAGACUUUCCUCUGAAAGGUAUCAUUGAAGAGCUUAACUUGAUACAACCAACGUUCCAAUGGCUAUAUUCCCUAUCAUGGGACUGGACCUUCCUUGCAGGGCCGCAAGCGCCCUGGGUCUCACCUAGCGCUGGAACCUGCGGGGUACACGAGCCUUUCGGCCUUGCCCGCGCCCCCACCCGAGGGUAUUCCCGUUCCUCAGGGUAUAACCGCAGAUACCCGCCGAUACGAGAUCCCGGCUUGGAGAUACCCGCGGGUACCCCGGUUUGUGGAGGAGUAGAGGCCAAUUGGCCCCCACUGCCCCUCCCCCAGCGCAAACCCGAGAUACCCGCGGGUAUCUCCAAGGCGGCCUGUGGACCGUACCUGACCUACCCGCCGGUCUUCGGGCUCCUGAAGAGCUGUCCCGGAGCCCUAAACCGUUGGUGUACCCGCCGGGUAUACCCGGAGAUCCCGGGAACGGGUUCCAGCGCUAGUCUCACCUCAUUUUUUCCACCCACUACCGCUAGUAGCGCGCCUCAAACCUUCAGGAGCCGCAAGGAACCAGUCUCCUCAUACACAUUGUUGAGAAAUGCUGCUCAAUUGGCAUUGUUCAAGGACCACUGCCUUGAAACUACUCAAUCCCUGGCCAAUCAGAUUGGCCUGUCUGUCAGUGACAUGGGUGUAUUCUUUGACAACAUCCUCCGCACCGGCACCCAAUCAGUGCCUGUCUCAGGCAAGAAAGCUGCAUGUAAGGUUCUGGCUGAUGAAGAAUCUUUGGUCUACAGUGUUGCUGUGCGCACUCCAUGUCAGCAGGGUGUCAUGCUGUUCUUGGUUUCAGUUGACAAAGAAAAAAGUGAAGGGCUACUCAGCCAACUCAAGCUAUAUGCUAAAAGUGGCACCAAGCCCUGCAUUCACAGUGGCGGGAUCUACAUUGGUUUCUUUGCUGUGCAACCAUUGAUCUCACCUGAGGGCCACCAAAUCCCUGUGUACAGGCUCCCCAAUGUUGAGGGGAUCACUAAAGAACUUUAG